AUGCAGUUAAUACACGUUCUAAUAUUUCUACUGUGGCGUGGUUUGCCAGGCUACAGCGUAUCCACAACUACACACGCCUCAAAUGUAAGCAAACGACAACUGCAAUUCGGACCGCUGAGUUAUACAGCCUACACACCUGAUGGCAGUCAGCAAACAAAUGCCUUCAUGCAGUCACCUCAGCUACUCUACGAUCCCGGCUAUAAUUCACAGGAGAGUCAUGAGCUCAACGCCAACGUGGCAAACUCUACGGACGCCGCCUCUACCGCCGCCACGGAACAACGCGACGAGCAACGUGCCAGGGACGCAAGGAAAUUUGACGCACUACCUAAUGAUGGUGUGGGUGCAGCGCCAGCCCAGGCGGCACAAACAUUUUCACACAUCUACUUCCCGCACAUGUAUGCCACAUCCGCUAUGCCAUCAUUGACACGCACAGCGCCACAUAUCUUCCCAGGCGAGACGCCGGCUGCGUUGGCAGCGCGAAAUAGUGGUCGUUCAUAUAGUACCAGCUCGACCUAUUUUCUGCCGCUGAGUGUGCUCUACCAUCCCAAUUUAGGACCAUAUGGGCAGCAGCAGCAGCCACAGCCUUUCGUUUACCCACCACAGCAAAUGACGCAGGCUUAUAAUCCUCUACCGCCACCGCCGCUAGCGUCAACAGCGUUCUAUCAGCAAUACGCGUCGCCACAAGCAAAACUACCACCCAGCCCACAGCCAUCAGCAACAACAGCUUUGACAACGCCACAGACACCAGUUCGUGAGCCAUCUCAGGCGUUAUCCCAGCAAGCAGUUUAUCAUCAAAAUGUCCAGCAUGUCGCACACGUACACACGUCACACUUUCCGCCCCUACCAUCGCCACCGCCACUACCAUCACGUGUGCCAGAGCAGCUGCCGCGAACCUCACCGCCAACGCCACUGACACAACAUUUUCAGGCGCCAUUUCAUCCCUCGCAAUUUCUUGGCUUUGUGCCUGAACGCGAUACGCGGAAUGGCGGACGUAUCGAUGUGCCCGCGUCACCGUAUAUACAAACUGCUGUGAGUUAUUCGCAGCAGCAGCAACAGCAACAGCAACAACAACAGCAACAGCGACUUACUAAACCGAUUUACGAACGUUCGCUGGACACAAAAACGAGCGAUGGCAAGCAGCAGAAUUAUCAAACAGCGGUGACGCGGCAAAAUCCUUACGUUUACAUGGCGCCCAAUAGUGGUUAUGCGCUCUUUAAGGCAGCGUAA